AUGCUUGCCGUAAAUCCUUGCCUGACAGGACCCGACAGGGUGGGUCAGCUGGGCAGCUUCUUCUCCAGCUUGAAGGCGUCCGGCGUGCGGUUGAGCAUCAUCACGAAGGGCAACGUGGGGGCCUGCAGAUACCUCCUGGAGCACGAAGGGCUGCUGCAACAUUUCGAGCAGGUCUUUGGGAUGCUCGGGCAAUUCUACGGCGAGUCAGACUUCGAUCGAGCCAACCCGGAGCCAUCGCCACUGGAAGGCAGCUCCGACUGCGAGCUGCGUGAGUCCAAGGCGAAUCUCAUCCGCAGCUUGAUGUCUCGAGAGUCCUUGGCGGUGGAGGAAGCGUGCUUGGUGGAGGACGACGCCCAUGAGAUUGCAUCUGUUCAGGGCAUCUGUCGCAGCGUCUUCGUGGCGGAGAGGCGUGGGAUGACAGGGAGCGAAAUGAAUGAGCUGCGAAGCUUUGCCGGUGCGAUGGCUGCAGAUGUGGUGAAGGCCAAAGCAGUGGCCAAAGUGGUGGCAAAGCCGCAGGUGGCGCCCCCGCCGCCACCAGACGGCUUCAGCGGCAUCUGCAAAGCUGGGGGCGAGGGUGCAUCGCUUUCGAAGGGCCCUGUGCCGCCGGCACCGCCUGUGGGCUUCAGUGGCGUUUUGAAGUCACCACCGGAAGCAGCUGCAAAGCCUGCCGCAGCACCGACGGCAACACCGGCAACACCGGCAGCAGAGGGCACGCAGACAGCUCAGGGCGGCUUGAAGCACGUGUACUUGGAUUUCGACCAGACCAUCUCCACGAUCCACGUCUUCAAGCAGCUCGCCGGGUGGGAACCCGGUGUGGACGCACCCCAUGCGCUGUCUGAGCGAGGGCAGAUCCACCGGCUGAAGAUGUUGAACGCGGGCCUGCAGUACAACUACCAGAGUAGCAAGGGCAUGGUGGUGCCGUGUGCCGCUGGGGCAAAGGGCUCAUCGUGGACGGCAUGUGCUUUGGGAGGACUGAUGUUCUUGCGAGAGUUGGCACUCGUGACAUUCGAGGGACCCGACAGGGUGGGUCAGCUGGGCAGCUUCUUCUCAAGCUUGAAGGCGUGCGGUGUGCGGUUGAGCAUCAUCACGAAGGGCAACGUGGGGGCCUGCAGAUACCUCCUGGAGCACGAAGGGCUCCUGCAGCAUUUCGAGCAGGUCUUUGGGAUGCUCGGACAAUUCUACGGCGAGUCCGACUUCGAUCGUGCCAACCCGGAGCCAUCGCCGCUGGAAGGCAGCUCCGACUGCGAGCUGCGUGAGUCCAAGGCGAAUCUCAUCCGCAGCUUCAUGUCUCGAGAGUCCUUGGCGGUGGAGGAAGCAUGCUUGGUGGAGGACGACGCCCAGGAGAUUGCAUCUGUGCAGGGCAUCUGUCGCAGCGUCUUUGUGGCGGAGAGGCGUGGGAUGACAGGGAGCGAAAUGAAUGAGCUGCGAAGCUUUGCCGGUGCGAUGGCUGCAGAUGUGGUGAAGGCCAAAGCAGUGGCCAAAGUGGUGGCAAAGCCGCAGGUGGCGCCCCCGCCGCCACCAGACGGCUUCAGCGGCAUCUGCAAAGCUGGGGGCAAGGGUGCAUCGCUUUCGAAGGGCCCUGUGCCGCCGGCACCGCCUGUGGGCUUCAGUGGCGUUUUGAAGUCACCACCGGAAGCAGCUGCAAAGCCUGCCGCAGCACCGACGGCAACACCGGCAGCAGAGGGCACGCAGACAGCUCAGGGCGGCUUGAAGCACGUGUAUUUUGAUUUCGACCAGACCAUCUCCACGAUCCACGUCUUCAAGCAGCUCGCCGGGUGGGAACCCGGUGUGGACGCACCCCAUGCGCUGUCUGAGCGAGGGCAGAUCCACCGGCUGAAGAUGUUGAACGCGGACCUGCAGUACAACUACCAGAGUAGCAAGGGCAUGGUGGUGCCGUGUGGAGGAAUGGGACCCGAGAGGGUGGGUCAGCUGGGCAGCUUCUUCUCCAGCUUGAAGGCGUCCGGCGUGCGGUUGAGCAUCAUCACGAAGGGCAACGUGGGGGCCUGCAGAUACCUCCUGGAGCACGAAGGGCUGCUGCAACAUUUCGAGCAGGUCUUUGGGAUGCUCGGGCAAUUCUACGGCGAGUCCGACUUCGAUCGUGACAACCCGGAGCCAUCACCGCUGGAAGGCAGCUCCGACUGCGAGCUGCGUGAGUCCAAGGCGAAUCUCAUCCGCAGCUUGAUGUCUCGAGAGUCCUUGGCGGCGGAGGAAGCGUGCUUGGUGGAGGACGACGCCCAGGAGAUUGCAUCUGUGCAGGGCAUCUGCCGCAGCGUCUUCGUGGCGGAGAGGCGUGGGAUGACAGGGAGCGAAAUGAAUGAGCUGCGAAGCUUUGCCGGUGCGAUGGCUGCAGAUGUGGUGGUGGCAAAGCCGCAGGUGGCGCCCCCGCCGCCACCAGACGGCUUCAGCGGCAUCUGCAAAGCUGGGGGCAAGGGUGCAUCGCUUUCGAAGGGCCCUGUGCCGCCGGCACCGCCUGUGGGCUUCAGUGGCGUUUUGAAGUCACCACCGGAAGCAGCUGCAAAGCCUGCCGCAGCACCGACGGCAACACCGGCAACGCCGGCAGCACAGGGCACGCAGACAGCUCAGGGCGGCUUGAAGCACGUGUACUUUGACUUCGACCAGACCAUCUCCACGGUCCACGUCUUCAAGCAGCUCGCCGGGUGGGAACCCGGUGUGGACGCACCCCAUGCGCUGUCUGAGCGAGGGCAGAUCCACCGGCUGAAGAUGUUGAAUGCGGACCUGCAGUACAGCUACCAAAGUAGCAAGGGCAUGGUGGUGCCGUGUGCCGCUGGAGCAAAGGGCUCAUCGUGGACGGCAUGUGCUUUGGGAGGACCCGACAGGGUGGGUCAGCUGGGCAGCUUCUUCUCAAGCUUGAAGGCGUGCGGCGUGCGGUUGAGCAUCAUCACGAAGGGCAACGUGGGGGCCUGCAGAUACCUCCUGGAGCACGAAGGGCUCCUGCAGCAUUUCGAGCAGGUCUUUGGGAUGCGCGGCCAAUUCUACGGCGAGUCCGACUUCGAUCGUGCCAACCCGGAGCCAUCGCCGCUGGAAGGCAGCUCCGACUGCGAGCUGCGUGAGUCCAAGGCGAAUCUCAUCCGCAGCUUGAUGUCUCGAGAGUCCUUGGCGGUGGAGGAAGCAUGCUUGGUGGAGGACGACGCCCAGGAGAUUGCAUCUGUGCAGGGCAUCUGUCGCAGCGUCUUUGUGGCGGAGAGGCGUGGGAUGACAGGGAGCGAAAUGAAUGAGCUGCGAAGCUUUGCCGGUGCGAUGGCUGCAGAUGUGGUGAAGGCCAAAGCAGUGGCCAAAGUGGUGGCAAAGCCGCAGGUGGCGCCCCCGCCGCCACCAGACGGCUUCAGCGGCAUCUGCAAAGCUGGGGGCAAGGGUGCAUCGCUGGCGAAGGGCCCUGUGCCGCCGGCACCGCCUGUGGGCUUCAGUGGCGUUUUGAAAUCACCACCGGAAGCAGCUGCAAAGCCUGCCGCAGCACCGACGGCAACACCGGCAACACCGGCAGCACAGGGCACGCAGACAGCUCAGGGCGGCUUGAAGCACGUGUACUUUGAUUUCGACCAGACCAUCUCCACGAUCCACGUCUUCAAGCAGCUCGCCGGGUGGGAACCCGGUGUGGACGCACCCCAUGCGCUGUCUGAGCGAGGGCAGAUCCACCGGCUGAAGAUGUUGAACGCGGGCCUGCAGUACAACUACCAGAGUAGCAAGGGCAUGGUGGUGCCGUGUGCCGCUGGGGCAAAGGGCUCAUCGUGGACGGCAUGUGCUUUGGGAGGACCCGAAAGAGUGGGUCAGCUGGGCAGCUUCUUCUCCAGCUUGAAGGCGUCCGGCGUGCGGUUGAGCAUCAUCACGAAAGGCAACGUGGGGGCUUGCAGAUGCCUCCUGCAGCACGAAGGGCUGCUGCAGCAUUUCGAGCAGGUCUUUGGGAUGCUCGGCCAAUUCUACGGCGAGUCCGACUUCGAUCGUGCCAACCCGGAGCCAUCGCCGCUGGAAGGCAGCUCCGACUGCGAGCUGCGUGAGUCCAAGGCGAAUCUCAUCCGCAGCUUGAUGUCUCGAGAGUCCUUGGCGGCGGAGGAAGGGUGCUUGGUAGAAGACGACGCCCAGGAGAUUGCAUCUGUGCAGGGCAUCUGCCGCAGCGUCUUCGUGGCGGAGAGGCGUGGGAUGACAGAGAGCGAAAUGAAGGCGCUGAGGCGGCUAGCCGGCCUUCCCGAUGCUGAGCUCAUGGCGAAGACAGGAACAUCCAGAGCCGAGAACGCAGCAGCAGAAAGCCCGGUGACCUUGCCUCCGAAGGCCGUGACAGCGCGUGCGCUCCAGGCUCCACCGGCCCCUGUUCUGGAGAAACCUGCCACGGCGCUCACGAUCGAUCCAAGCUUGCCAGAGACAUCGAAGGUUCAGCACAUCUACUUCGAUUUCGACCAGACCAUUUCCAGGAUCCAUGUCUUCAAGCAGCUAGCUGGCUGGGAGCCGGGCGUCCGCCCGCCCCACGCUUUGUCGGAGAGGGGACAGAUCCACCGGCUGAAGAUGCUGAAUGAAGCCGGCCCCAUCUUCGUCUACGAUGGUCAAGCUGUUCAGGUGGCGGAGACGUCCCAGAGCACAACUGCUUCGUGGACGGCCUGUGCGCUAGGAGGACCCGAGAGGGUGGGUCAGCUGGGCAGCUUCUUCUCCAGUUUGAAGGCGUCCGGCGUGCGGUUGAGCAUCAUCACGAAGGGCAACGUGGGGGCCUGCAGGUACCUCCUGGAGCACGAAGGGUUGCUGCAGCAUUUCGAGCAGGUCUUUGGGAUGCUCGGCCAAUUCUACGGCGAGUCCGACUUCGAUCGUGCCAACCCGGAGCCAUCGCCGCUGGAAGGCAGCUCCGACUGCGAGCUGCGUGAGUCCAAGGCGAAUCUCAUCCGCAGCUUGAUGUCUCGAGAGUCCCUGGCGGUGGAGGAAGCGUGCUUGGUGGAGGACGGCGCCCAGGAGAUUGCGUCUGUGCAGGGCAUCUGCCGCAGCGUCUUCGUGGCGGAGAGGCGUGGGAUGACAGAGAGCGAGAUGAAGGCGCUGAGGCGGCUAGCCGGCCUUCCCGAUGCUGAGUUCAUGGCGAAGACAGGAACAUCCAGAGCCGAGAACGCAGCAGCAGAAAGCAUGGUUACCUUGCCUCCGAAGGCCGUGACAGCGCGUGCGCCCCAGGCUCCACCGGCCCCUGUUCCGGAGAAACCUGCCACGGCGGAAACGGAAACAGCGCUUUGCCACAAAGCGCGGCCUCUCGGCCAGAGCGAAGGGCCGAGCUCUGAAUGGGCCGAGCUCCGCCAGAGCCUUGCUCUCCCGAAGCUCCCAGAGGCGCUCUCGGCAGAGUGCCCUUCGGAUGGCACUGUGCCGCCUAUGCCCUUUGCUCCUGCCGCAGCCGGACAAGGUGAAUCCAUGCUCGGUAGACAGACAACGCUCGCCAAGCGGUGCCUCCACUUGCUCGGCGAAAGCCAAGCGCCAACAAGCCCUGUGAGCCCUGUGCCGUCCUCGCCUCCGUCGCCUCCGUCGGCUCCCUCACCCCGUCGGGUGCUUCGCGCAGGACCCGAGUGGGGAAAUUCAUGGGCCACAGGCUUCGACUUCCAGCCCAGGAGUUCCCACUUCGCCGUUGCGUUCACUCCGGCACCCCGCCAGGGCGACCAGGAACUGAGCGACUCAGGCCUUGCAACAGCGGAAAGACGGAGCUCAAGGAGGCACAGCGAGGUGUCUCGGUCUCCCAAAGUGGACGUGCUGGCGCAGGCACGCAAGACUGCCCAGACGCUGGCCUUGGAGCUUGAAGAGAACUGUUUGAAUGCCGCUGCUGCCGGGAAGAGGCAUGUUGACUGGAGUACUGGAGAUCUCUACGGGCUUGGCCGGGAUGCUGGUGAUGCCCUGCUACGAGAGUUCGCUGCACGAGUGGAGCAGAUGGGCUUUGUCACCGUGGAGUGGUGGCACGGCGAGUCUUUGGGCUGGCGGAUGGAGCCAGGUCCAGCGCUUCCCAGCGACGGUCCCUGGCCAAGGACCUGCGAAACGAAGCCGGUUCCCGUGGAGCGGCGGAGGUUCGGCGCCUGGGCCUACGCGCUGCGACUGCGUGUCGCUUGGGACGCCCCUGCUGCACGCCAGCGCCGCGCGUGCGGCGUGCGCACGACGGGCCCCUCGCAGCAGACAGGAACUCCCGCUGCCUCGGAGCUCCGCCGUGCCUCGGACUUCUCUGUGUCGCCCCGGGUUCGGCCACCGAGUCGCUGCCCGGUGUGCCGGGAUGGCAGCCAUCGGCGAGCAAGGCUGCAGCCGUGCGGCCACCUCUUCUGUCGGCCUUGUGGGAAACGCCUCCUGGGGCGAGCCUGCCUGCGCUGUGGCGUGAUCUGCCGGCAGGUCGAGGACUGCCAGUUUCAAGCCCCAACAUGCGGAGUUGCGGAUGCCCCGAAUCCGGAUGCAGAGACCCUUGUCUGGGGUGCGACGGGCGGGGCCUACUGCCUUCGACCUUCUGUGCGAUCGCCUAUGCGACGCAAGGCCAAGACCGAGGUGGAGAUGCCCGGAUGA